GCAGUGCGUGACAGCAGCUGGACGGCUGGCUGCGCAGGGCGCACAGUGAGCCGCCAGGGAGCGAAGGGAGGAAGGCCGUCAGAGAGUUGGUGCGAACAUCAUCGACUUGAGAAACUACACCAAAAAAAAAAAAAACAUUCGGCCGGGCUUCAUCACCGAACCUCCGCGGACGGACAUGCGUCGCACUGCCCGAUCCUUGGAUUUUACGCGGAACCGCGCGAUCGACUGCUACCGCGAAGAUGAGUGAAUUCGGAGUAAAGGACGGCGGAGAAAGUGUGCUUUCCGUGGAAGCGAACGGGUCGUGUGCCACAACAUAACUCGGAGCGCACCGAGGCCAGCGGCAGCCUGUAGCAGCAGCAGCAGUUAGCAGGCUAAUCCAACUUAGCCCUGCUAACGUUACAGGUGUCGGCCUGUAGCCGUACUUGGCGUAUUUCUGCGUAGUGGCGAUACGUCUACACGCCAGCGGGUAAACUAUAGUGUGUCCGUGUGUUGUGUGACAUGACAUUGAAGUGAAGGGAACGUCUGCGCGUCGUCCGCUAGCCCACUAACGUCGUCCGCUAGCGCCACAGCAGCGCACACAUCACAUUUAGCAACAUUGUUAUUGGCUAACGAGCUAGCUCCCCUACGCUAGCAUCCGCCGCGUCGCUGUGUUUACAGCGGCGGGGCUAGCCGCUCCGGCUAGCGGGACACAGGCUCUACAUGCAUGUGCGUGUACAUAUGUAGCCGUCGUUCUCUUGCCAGUCGACCCCAUUCGACGUGUUCGGAUUCAGCGACACGGUGGUUUUCCGUGCCAGCGAGCUGGUUGACUUUCCCUCGCCGUGCCUGGACGCACCCACCCACAAGGAGUCUCACCCGGGGCCGAUGCUGACAGCCCACCCAGGACCACGGCCACAGCCAUGCAGCCUCAACACAUAUAUGACUUCUCGAGUGACGAGAACAGUCACAAAUGGAGAGGCCUCUUUGUGCAAGCGUUGCGAAAGGUGCAGAUGCAGGUCCACCCGACGCUGGAUGCCAAGGAGGACGCGCUGCAGCACAUCGAGGAGCUGAUCCUGCAGCUGCUCAACAUGCUCUGCGUGGCCCAGCCGCGCUCCGUACAGGACGUGGAGGAGCGCGUGCAGAAGACCUUCCCCCACCCCAUCGAUAAGUGGGCCAUUGCCGACGCCCAGUCGGCCAUCGAGAAGCGGAAGAGGAGGAACCCCUUGCUCCUCCCCGUGGACAAGAUCCACCCUCUAUUGAAGGAGGUCCUAGGCUACAAGGUCGACUACCACGUGUCUCUGUACAUCGUGGCCGUGCUGGAGUACAUCUCGGCAGACAUACUGAAGCUGGCCGGGAACUACGUCGGCAACAUCCGGCACUACGAGAUCAGCCAGCAGGACAUCAAGGUGUCCAUGUGUGCAGACAAGGUGCUGAUGGACAUGUUCGACCAGGAGGAGGACAUCGGCCUGGUGUCCCAGUGCACCGAGGAGCCCUCCUCCUCGGGCGAGGUGACCUACGACGACCUGGUGCGGCUGGAGAUAGCUGAGGAGCGGCAGUACCUCCGAGAGCUGGACCUCAUCAUCAAGGUGUUCCGCAACCACUUCCUGUCCAACAACAAGAUCUUCACGCCGCAGGACGUGGAGGUGAUCUUCAGCAACAUCCUGGACAUCCACGAGCUGACGGUGAAGCUGCUGGGCCUGAUCGAGGAUGCGGUGGAGAUGACGGCCGACGGCAGUCCUCACCCCCUCGUGGGCAGCUGCUUCGAGGACCUGGCCGAGGAGCAGGCCUUUGAUCCCUACGAGACCCUCUCCCAGGACAUCCUGAACAAGAAUUUCCACGAGCACUUCAACAGCCUGAUGUCCCGUCCCACCGUGGGACUCUACUUCCAGUCUAUUGCAGAAGGCUUCAAGGAGGCCGUCCAGUACGUUCUUCCCCAGCUCAUGAUGGUCCCAGUCUACCACUGUAUGCACUACUUUGAACUGCUGCAGCAACUGCAGGAGCACAGCGAGGACCAGGACGACCGGGAGUGUCUGAAGCAGGCCAUCACCGCCCUGCUGAACCUCCAGUGCAGCGUGGAGCGCAUCUACACCAAACACCAACCGCGCCGCAAGCCAGGGGAGCCCAUGUACCGCCUGUACAGCCGGCAGGUGCGCAGCAAGCAGCUGGCCAUCAAGCGCAUGAACGAGAUCCAGAAGAGCAUCGACGGCUGGGAGGGCAAGGACAUCGGCCAGUGCUGCAGCGAGUUCAUCCUGGAGGGCCCGCUGCUGCGCGCCGGCGCCAAGCACGAGCGCCACAACUUCCUGUUCGACGGGCUGAUGAUCAGCUGCAAGGCCAACCAGAGCUCGCGGCUGCCCGGCUCGGGCAGCGGCGCCGAGUACCGCCUGAAGGAGAAGUUCGUGCUGCGCAAGAUCCGCAUCGCCGACCGCGACGGCGACGCGGCCUCGGAGCUGCGGCACGCCUUCGAGCUGGUGGGCAAGGACGAGAACAUCGCCGUGUUCUGCGCGCGCACGGCGGAGGAGAAGGCGGCGUGGAUGGCGGCGCUGGUCACGCUGCAGUACCGCUCCACGCUGGACCGCAUGCUGGACUCGGUGCUGCAGCACGAGGAGCAGACGCAGCCGCUGCGGCUGCCGGCGCCCGAGGUGUACCGCUUCGCCGUGCAGGACUCGGAGGAGAACAUCGUGUUCGAGGACCGCGUGCAGAGCAAGACGGGCAUCCCCAUCAUCAAGGGGGGCACGGUGGUCAAGCUCAUCGAGAGGCUCACCUACCACAUGUACGCCGACCCCAACUUCGUGCGAACCUUCCUCACCACGUACCGCUCCUUCUGCAAGCCCCAGGAGCUGCUGUCGCUGCUCAUCGACAGGAUCGACAUCCCAGAGCCGGAGCCCACGGAGGCGGAUCGCCAGGCGCUGUGGAACGGGGAUCAGCCAAUGGCAGCAGAGCUCCAGAGGUUCCGGAAGGAGUAUGUGCAGCCGGUCCAACUCAGGGUGCUCAAUGUGUUCCGGCAGUGGGUGGAGCACCACUUCUACGACUUUGAGAACGACCUGGAGCUGAGGAGCCGACUAGAGGAAUACAUCACCAGCAAAAUACAACUGAGAGGCAAGUCGAUGAGGAAGUGGGUGGAGUCCAUCAACAAGAUCAUCAAGAGGAAGCUGCAGACGCAGGCCAAUGGCGUCAGCCACAGCAUCACCUUCGAGAGCCCGCCCCCGCCCAUCGAGUGGCACAUCAGCCGGGCGGGGCAGCUGGACACCUUCGACCUCAUGACCCUUCACCCCAUCGAGAUCGCCCGCCAGCUCACCCUGCUGGAGUCAGAGCUGUACAGGGCGGUGAGGCCCUCAGAGCUGGUGGGCAGCGUGUGGACCAAGGAGGACAAGGAGAAGAACUCCCCCAACCUGCUCCGCAUGAUCCGCCACACCACCAACCUCACGCUGUGGUUCGAGAAGUGCAUCGUGGAGGCGGAGAACCUGGACGAGCGCGUGGCGGUCUUCACGCGGGUCAUCGAGGUGCUGCAGGUCUUCCAGGAGCUCAACAACUUCAACGGCGUCCUGGAGGUGGUCAGCGCCAUCAACUCUGUCCCCGUGUACCGCCUGGACCACACCUUCGAGGCGGUCCCGGAGAGGAAGAAGAAGAUCCUGGAGGAGGCGGUGGAGCUGAGCCAGGACCACUUCAAGAAGUACCUGGCCAAGCUCAAGUCCAUCAACCCGCCAUGCGUGCCUUUCUUUGGUAUCUACCUGACCAACAUCCUGAAGACGGAGGAGGGCAACCCGGACCACCUCAAGCGCCACGGCAAGGAGCUCAUCAACUUCAGCAAGCGGCGGAAAGUGGCGGAGAUCACCGGGGAGAUCCAGCAGUACCAGAACCAGCCCUACUGCCUGAAGCAGGAGCACGACGUCCGGAGGUUCUUUGAGAACCUGAACCCCAUGGGCAACAUGAGCGAGAAGGACUUCUACGACUACCUUUUCAACAAGUCCCAGGAGAUCGAGCCCCGGAACUGCAGGCAGCCUCCUCGCUUUCCCAGGAAGACCCUGUACACCCUCAAGUCCCCGGGGAUCCGGCCGGUCCGCACCUCCACGUCGGGCACCCUGAAGGGACACCCCGUGGCCCUGGAGCGCGAGCCCCCCCACAAGAUCACUUUCCGCAGCAUCGCCGAGACGGAGCUGGAGACGCCCGCCUCCGCCUCGGUGCCCACCUCCCCCAACACGCCCACGCCGCCGCAGUCCGCCUCCUCCGACCUCAGCUCCGUCUUCACCGAGCCCGACCUCGGCAGCUCCUACGGAGGUAACUCCAUAUUCGCCCCCGUCAUCCUGCCUCCUUCAAAGUUCCACUCGGCGUCCUGCGGCAGCCUGCACCACCUGGGGGAGGAGCCUCUUAAGCCCCCGCCCCUCCCCCCCCGCAGGAAGGACGCCAUGUCCGAGGCCAAGAUGGGCCCUCUCUCCGACUUCCCCCCCGCCAUCCCCCCCCGGCUGCCCCCCACCCUGCCCCGGGUCCAGCCGCGGGCCCCGCUCUACAACGGUCCCCCAGGCGAUGGGCCCCUGCCCAGCCCCCCGCCCCCGCCGCCCCGGGACCCCCUGCCCGACACGCCCCCCCCGGUGCCCUACCGGCCCCCGGAGAUCUUCAUCAACUACCCGCCCAGCAUGCAGCCCUCGCCGGUGGGCCGCUUCCACUGGGACUUCGGCAGCCUGCCCACCUCCCCCGGGACCCCCCCGGGGACCCCCUCCCCGCGGGUGCCCCGCCGCAGCUGCCCGCUGAGCGCCAGCCACAACAGCCUGUGCCCGCCGCCCCCCAUGGCGUCGGCCCCGCCCGUCCCGCCGCGCCACAACUCCUCCCCCCAGCUGCCCAAGCUCCCGCCAAAGACAUACAAGCGGGAGCUGCUGCAGCCCGCCUUCCAGGCGCUCUCAUUGGUGGAGAACACGGACAGCAGCCAAUGAGACGGCCGUUUCGGAUUUAGUUUUUUUUCCAGUGGUUUUGAUUUUGUUUCUUUUUUUUUGUUUAUUUUAUUUUUGUUUUUCUUUCGGACGAACUCUUAACGAGGAGGGGCCGACGAGAUCCAGGGGAGGGGCAACGGACGGCAGAGCGCGCUCGGAUUGGUCGGAUCAUCGGGCCCGGUUGACCCAUCGAUUGGUCAGUGGAUCGACCAAUAGACGACAGAAUGCUGCUGCCACGCCCCCAACCCCCUCGCCUUCCUCCGCCCGCCACGCCUGACUCCUCCCACUCCCGUCGGCUCAAGAGCCCCGCCUCUCAGGGGUUACGUAGCUCCGCCUACAUUUCAAACCCUCAGUGCCAAUGAGCCACGCCCCAAUAAGGGGCCCCCAGACGCUGGUGUGUGUGUGUGUGUGUGUGUGUGUGUGUGUGUGUGUGUGUGUGUGUGUGUGUGUGUGUGUGUGUGUGUGUGUGUGUGUGUGUGUGUGUGUGUGUGUGUGUGUGUGUGUGUGUGUGUGUGUGUGCACACGGAAACAAGCCUCUGCGCUUCUCCCGUGGAGAGUGCCCUCUGUAGCGACCCUCCCCCCUUUGAGGAGUCACAUGGUCUCCUCUGGAUCGUUCCACUGAGGUGGGGAAAGCAUGGGGGCGUGGCCAUGACGGUGGCCAUGUUGGCGGCUCAGACUCUCGAUGCACGUCCCUGCUCCCGCCGCGGGGGUUAGUGUGCGGGGCUAGCGAGGCACUAGCGAGUAGCUAGCGAGGAGCUAACGAGGAGCUAGCGGUGGCUAGUGAGGAGCUAGCGGUGGCUAGCACGUCACCUUUACUGUUAAUGUUUUUCUACAAACUCAACACAUGGCCAAAGUCUUAUUUUAUGCAGGGGGGAAAGGGAUUUUGCUCUCUUUUUUGUUUUUUUGUCUUUGUUUUGUUUUUUAAAGAGAUGACAUCAUCGGGGGCAAAAAGCAAGACAUGUAAUCCUAUUGGCCGGUGCAACACUGAACACCCCGCCCCCUUUAUCGCUACUGUGCACUGUGACUGAACAGGAGGGAGAUGGAGUCAUCAGGCCUGUCUGUCUCCGUCUGUCUGUCUGUUUUUCUCUUCGCCUGUCCCCCCGUGUGUCCAUCUGUCUUGUCUUUUUAGCUUUCCCUUUCUAGCCGUCUAUCCCUGUGUGUGCGUGUGUGUGUGUGUGUGUGUGUUCCAACAGGCCUGCCCAUAGCCACCCUCAUCUCCCCAAAACGUUGCCUUUUUUGAGAAGAAAACAAAAAACCCACAGCACUGACCUCUGACCCCUGGUUAGGGGUGCCUCGGCAGGAAGACAUGAGGCCAGAGUCUGGACGCCAUUUGCACAUCAGGCUGUUUUGUCUUUUUUUGGUUUUGAGGUCAGGUGACUUUCCCCCGCCUCUCUGCAGCCUUGGGUUCAUCUGGAGGGGAGGCGGUGCAGGGUGGGGGUGUAGUACUGCCCCCGGGCCAGCAGGGGGCAGUACUACACGGGGCGCUGAAGGGUCUGACUGGACUGGAGCGCUGUCCGGAGACGCCCCUUGGAGCAGGACGUUGUGUGUCUUGUGUGUCUCCUCUCUCAAGAAGCCAAGGUGAUGUCUUAAAACUCUUGAAGCCCCUUCCUGGGUCUCACCCUGGACCGUGUGGUCGGUCCUACGCUACCGCGGCAACCACCCUCCUCCUUCUCCUCCUCCUCCUCCCCCUGCCGCUCCUCCUCUUCUUCUUCGUUGGUAUGAAUAGACUGCUAUGUAACUAAAGCCCAACGCCCCCCAUAACGUGCCUCCCCUCUCCCAACCAAAGUCUGGGACUAAAGGGACAGUGCCCUCCGGUGGCGGCUACAAGGAACUACAAACCAAGAGAAAAGCAACCGAUAAUGAGGAACAUCCACACCCUCUCUCUCUCUUGAUCUCUCUCUCGCUCUCUCUGUAUCUCCCUCUCUCACCCUCUUUCUCUCGCCCUAUGUCUCUCUCUCUCUGACUCUGUCUCUGUCUCCCUCUGUCUCUCUCCCUCUCUCUCUCUGUCCAUCUCCCUCUUCCUCUCUCUCUCCGUCUCUCUGUCUCUGUCUCUCUCUCCCUCUCUCCGUCUCCCUCUCUCUCCGUCUCCCUCUCUCCCUCUCUCUCCGUCUCCCUCUCUCUCUGUCUCUCUCCCGCUCUCUGUUCAUUUCGUACAGACUGCGGGGUCCCCUGCAUCCUGAACAGAUGUGCCUUUUUACUUUCUCUUUGGAUUUUACACAACAAGCAAAAGGUGUCUAAAAGCAGAAAAAAAGCAAAAAAAAAAGAAUAAAUAAUAAAGUUGCCUAUGUAAUGUUGAGAACAAAACUAUACACUACGAAUUGUACAUGUUUGUGGAUACAGUGUGUGUGUACGGGUGUGUGCGUGUGUGUGUGUGUGUGUGUGUGUGGGCGUGUAUAUAUAACAUGUAUACACUAACGAUUAGGAUUUGUAUAAAGUGACGUUUCUCUCUCGUUGAUGGUCUCUCCGUCUCGCGGCGGCGGCGUCAGACUUUGCCUAACAGUCCGAUGCUGCUACCGUCGGCACAACGGCGACCACGGCCCCACGCAGGUCGUCGUGACAACCUAACAGACAAUCCCCCAAACCCCCCCCAUCCCAGCUCGCACUCUGGGACUAUUCACUGAGAAUAAGCCAUGACCUUUGACCCCCGCCCACCCUCUGUGACCCUGCAACCCCCCCAACCCCAUGACCCCCCCAAUCUCCCCUUUUAGCUAUUGUUUUUUUGUUUUUUUUUAAAGCAAUGGAAAUGUACAGAGCGUUUGCUUUACUCCACCACUUUACACACCAGACUAACUGCCUUUCUCUUCUUUGUGUCUCUUUGAUUUUGUAAAGGCUCGGUCACGACAGAACGCAUUAAAGAGGGGGGGGAUGUAUCAAG